CCACCCGCUGACAGCCAUGGCCCACCGCGCCCCCGCCGCGCUCCUCCUCCUGCUCGUCGCCGUCGCCGCCGCCGCGUCGGGGGAGGGGCCGGCGUCGGAGGUGGUGGUUGGGGAGGAGACGGCGGAGGCGGGGAUGCUGGGGCAGCUCGCGCGGCUGGAGGCGGUCGCGGAGUCGCUCGCCAGGUCCGUGCGCGCGCUGGAGGCCGCGCUCGCCAGAUCCGCGGGCCCGGGGCCGCCCCCGCCCGCGCAGCCGCAGCAGCAGCAGCAGGAGGAGGUGGCGGUCUCCGACGCCGUGGCGGAGGAGGCGCCGGGCGGGGGCGGAGCGGGGCGGCGGGCCCCGCAGGGCGUGGCGGUGACCAAGCGCCGGCCUUUGUGGUCCGAGCGGUUCGUCUUCGCCGCGGCCGUGCGGCUCGGGGACGGCGCGCACGCGGCCGCCCAGGCCGCGCUGCCCUACGAGGACGCCGACGGCCUCACCAAGUACUUCGCCGUCGGCGACUCCCUCGGCCGCGUCUUCGUCUUCUCCGCCGCGGGGGACGCGCUGCUCGAGCUCGGCCUGCCCCCCGGCGAGUCCUCCUCCAGCCCAUCCUCCCCGGUGACCGCCGUGCUCGCCUACCUCUCCCCGCGCCGCGCCGACUGCCUGCUCUUCGCGGGCCACGCGGACGGCUCCAUCGCGGCGCACCGGCUCACCGAGUCCUCCCCGCACGGCGACGACUGGCUCACCCUCGCCGCGGCCUCCUCGCGGCUCCUCGUGCGCGGCCUCGACGGCGCCCCGGUCCUCCACCUCGAGGCGCACCACGCGGGGCGGUCCCGCUACGUGCUCUCCUGCGACGCCGGCCGCCGCAUCCGCGUCUUCACCGAGAACGGCACGCUCUACGGCACCGCCAUCGCCUCCUCCACGCCGCUCGCCUUCGUCAAGCAGCGCCUCCUCUUCCUCACCGAGGCCGGCGCCGCCUCGCUCGACCUCCGCUCCAUGACCGUCCGGGAGACGCCCUGCGAGGGCCUCGCCGAGGCGCUCAACGGCUCCCGCCCCAGGUCCUACUCCUUCGACCCUUCCGAGCGCUUCAAGGCCUACGGCUUCACCGACGCCGGCGACCUCGUGCACGUCCUGCUCAUGGGCGACGUUGCCAACCUCAAGUGCCGGGUCCGGGCCGUCAAGAAGGCGGAGGUCGACAGCCCUGUUGCGAUACAGACCAUCAAAGGUUACCUCUUGGUGGCCAGCCAGGACAAGAUCAUGGUGUACAACACCUCGUCUCAGUACUAUGGGAGGGUCGGGGCGCCCCGGCCGCUGUUCACCACUGCCAUUAGGGACAUCAAGGCUGUGUUUGCGGGUUCUAGCGCCGUCAUGUCAGCCGCACCAGCUGGGAAGCCUCUUAUUGCCGCGGACCGUGAGAAGCUCGUCAUCUUGGGGCUUGGGGAUGGUUACAUCGCCAUAUACCGUUCCAACUUCCCGGUGUACAAGCCGGAGAGCAAUGCUGUUGUGUGGAGUGGCCCGGCGCUGCUCUUCCUCCUCUUCUUGAUUGGCAUCUGGCAAGUCUAUGUGAAGAAGAAGGAUUCGUUGGGAUGGACACCGGAGGAGACGUUUAACACCUCGGUCACAGCUCCUACAGGGAGCAUCUUGAAUCAUCCAGCCAGUGAGCGAGCAUUCGCAGACAGCACGACAAGAGCUGCUGAUCGAAGCUAUGUGGAUGGCACGACCAGAGCAAGCGACAGAAGCUAUGUGGAUGCCACUGCAAGAUCUACUGACCGAGGCUAUGCUGAGGCUACCAGGGCUGUGGACCUACGCGGUGGGGCGUUGAGAAGUGCUCCGAGAAGGUACGUGUCCCCUACUAGGUAUGCAGGGGCAGCCGGUAUUCCGUAUCGACCUGUUUCAGCCGAGCCCGGGCUUAGAGGAGCCACUCCAGAGCUGAAGUACCGAGGCCCAGGUAUGGAGCCCCCUGGUUUCCCCAAGAAAAGGGAGACAUUGUUCUCGAACAACCAAGCCGUAGUAGAUGAUCACGUCGAAUGAGGCCGCCGGACUGUCGGUGCAGACAGUCGCCCCUAAAUUUUGGUCUGGCUUGAAGUUCCUGCACCUAAGAGGGAUAUAUGCCGCUGAUCCACCCGCCUGUUGUUGUAAGUUGUAAAACUCAGGAAAUGUUUGUAUGGUACGAGUACAUUAUGGCCAUUAGGAUAUCCGGCUGCAAAUGGUGGAAUAACAUGAAGACUAUGGGUUGCAUCUGUGCAUUUUACAACUAUCUAUGGGUAAUAACCGUCUAAGCAUGUUUACUUUGCUUUUCACCUUUAGCAAUGUAAGGCAAUCACUCUAGUCUCAAGUUUACAAUGAUCUCCAGUUGUGCUGGGA